UUUGUUGCCCACUCCAACUGUCAACAUCAGCUGGAAAACCUGUUUUACAAUCCGAUGUUUUGUAUCCGCGACUUUGAGGGAAUGCAGCGAUUCCAGUUCCUACUGAUAUUUCUCCCGCUUUUGCCACUUUUAUAUUUUAUAUAUCUAUUUUUUCCAAAGUUCCGGAUGCCACUGCCACAAGCCCUUAUUUUUCGCGAUCGAGGAAGUAUUAAAUAUGAGCUUGCCACUAUUCUGCGUUGUCCUGUGAUCAAAUUUGUUGGCUAUAUGGUUUCCUACGUGACGUUUCUCAUCCUUAUUACUGUGGCCACGUUUCGCCUGGAUCGCAACGACCUGGUGGAUGAGGAAGCGAACUGGGAAAGGCGCUCAAUGGAGAUCUGGAGUUACGAUUUUCGUACAAACAAUGUUGUUAUGACCAAAAUUCAAAUAAUUUUGCUGUUUUGGAUUUUAGAAAACUUUGCAUAUUCAUAUUCACACAUAUUCAUACAUAUUCAGAUGACUAUUUCACUCGUUUUGUUUAAAAUUCCUGUGAUCGCUUGUCUGUUAUGGAUAAUUUCCCUUAAUGCAGGACAACUCGGUAUGGAAUGCAAGCAGGUGUAUUACUUCGGCCUCCGUUACUUCUUCCGGAGUUACUAUAAUGUGAUGGACUGGGCUGGAAUAGCCAUCUACCUUGCCUCCUACUCGCUUCGAAUUAUUGUAGACUUCAAAGUCCAAUCGGCGUUGACAAUGUACCGGGAUGAACUUCGCACAGCUCAUGAACUGCUAAACAACGCAACUCGAACGGGUAUCCAUGUCGGACCGGGAUUUGAUGUGCACACUGACACGGAUUAUGUGAACUAUCGUAAUCAUAUUUUACUUCCAUCUUCUGCUUACUGGUUGAGAGGAUCGAGAAUGACCAUGUUGGAUCCAUGUCUAAUACUUUACACACAGAAAAUUAUCCAAGCCUCUAACAUUUUCUCCACUGAAGGUCGCUUGUGGUGGGCCUCUGAUGAUCCUGAGUACGUGUCGGAUUGUCUGUUUGCAUUGGGCAACGUAUUGUCAUUCGCCCGGAUCAGUCACCUGAUGCCAGCCUGGGAGUUACUUGGACCAUUACAAAUUUCGCUGGCCAGAAUGGUUACUGAUAUCAUCCGAUUUAUGGCCCUAUUCAGUGUGGUAUGUCGUUUUCUGGAAUUUGUCAAACUUUCUAUUGUCUUCUGGGUGAAGCCAAACCAUAUAGAUAGACUGGUUGUUGAUUAUGAAGAAGACCUUCGCUGCGGAGUCAUUUAUUCGAAAAUACCAACUGAACAUUUACAGACUGCUGGACAGGGAAACAAAACUCUCUUAUGCAUCUUGUUCAUAAAAACUGAAUGUCCGUCUUCUACUCGAACGCGUCUUCUUGAACUUUCCUGGAUAUUCAUUGACUAUUACUCAAAUAUCCUAUUGUUCAAGAGACGCGAAGAGGAUUUACGAGAGAACAUACUACUCGCAAGCCUCAUCAGUGGUAUCCUUCCUUCCUUCACACACCUUAAAGCUCCUCCAGAGACAAGCGUGUUGCCGGCCACAACCCAAUUUCCUGAUCAACCGGAAGGCGCGGAUGUCGACCCUCCUCCAGAGACAAGCGUGUUGCCGGCCACAACCCAAUUUCCUGAUCAACCGGAAGGCGCGGAUGUCGACCUUGGCACCGCUUACAGGAAACCACAUAAUCCAUCAACUCACUUCUCAUCCCGGGUCAGUAGGCCAUCUGCCGAAGUAAGUCGUACGUCUUGGCGCACCCUAUACGUGCCAUCUCAUGGCAUUCGACGAUAA